CUACAAGAGAAUUUCCGGGUGAAAAUCCUAGGAACUGAGCCUCCGUCUAUUGCCACCAUAAAUAUAUAACAUAAUGAAAUGCGUUAUGAUUUUAUUGUUAGUUGGAAAGCGCAAGUAUAUGUACUAUUGUUGAAUUUAACAGAAGUUAUUGAAGAAUAAAAAUGUCUUAAAAAGGCGCUUCCGGUGACUGAAUUGCAUGCUUAUGGUUGGUAUACCUUUUUCAGCGCAACACCGGUAAACAGCGCAAGCGCAAGAGAUUGUUCGCUUAAUGAACGUUAGGUGGCAACACUUCCUCUGCCAGUCUUCUUAAAUAAGGUGCAGUCCUUUGCUCUUUUUUAAUACUUUUUCCAGUGCCAUUUAGAGAAAGGCUGCAUCGACCGAGUCGCUAUUGUACCAGCGAAAAUUAACACAUACUUCUGAUUUCUUCACCGGUUUAGGUCACUCAGUGUAAGGGCAGCUGUUUCUUGGGGAUUGCUGAUUUAGGCGCAACCCUUGUGCGUCAGGAUAUAGGUCCGUGUUGAGAGUUUUGUUUACAAAAUGGAUGAAUUUAAAGGCUGUAAUCUUGACUACUUCCCAGAGAACAUUUUAAUUGACGUACUCUCAUACUUAAGCGUCAGAGAGCUCGUCAGAGCUGGGAGAGUGUGCAAGAGAUGGAAACGCCUCGUUAAAGACCAAAGACUGUGGAGAACAGUUGAUCUGACUGCAUGGAAAGGGGUGACGUCCCGGAUCCUUUGGUUCCUUCUGCGUCAGUACCUGGGUUGUGGACUGAGGUGCCUUCGCUUGCGUGGUUUGCUGCUCUCUGCCCGAGGCGGCACCUUUCUCUCUGAGUCUUGGCUCAAGGCUUUGUCCACCAAAUGUCCCCGCCUGAGUAAACUCUGUCUUCUGCAUGCUGAUCUCAGAAGCUUACCAAACUGCCAGAUCCUGCCCGGAUCUUUGCGGGUGCUGGAGUUGCGUGGCUGUGAGCUGCCUCGUAGUUUUUUCAAUCAAAGCUUGCCUACUUCACCUGCUCUACCUCAUGAACGAGCCGAAGCCACGUGUAGCGUUGGUGCUCAACAGAAAGGACGCUGCCAGAAAGGGAAGGGGACUGCUUCUCCUUCAGGAAUUGGUGUUGAGAGGUUGGUCCUCAACAACGUCCCAUCUUUUACAGACCAGCAUCUGCAGAAUCUGGCAUCCUGGGAGAGGCUGAGUCGGCUGGAGUUACGUGAUACCUUUCGUGUAACAGCAAAUGGACUUAGGAGCUGUGCAGCCAAAGAAGGGCUCUCAGGCUUGGAAGGGCUUUCAAGACUCAAAUAUCUUGAAAUAGGCAUUACAGGGCGACAGGGCUACCAGUUACAGAUGGCCUCCCUUGGACUGGGGGCGGGGUGGCUUGGACUGGAGGAGCUGAGUCUUGGUGGGAAGGAGGUGGGACCGGGCUUGCUCUGUGCCAGCCGUCUGAAGGACCUAAAAUGUCUGCACCUUUGGGCCUGUACACUCAGCGAGCUGCAGAUCGUGCGGAGCUGCAGGAUGCUCCGCGGGCUCCGCCAGCUGGAGUUUUUAGACGUUACAUUCCAGCCCCGGCAGAGUCCUCCUGCAGAGGAAGGACAGGAGCAGGAAGGUGGUGAGGAGCAGCAGAAUGAGGAGGGAGGUACUGGUGGAGAAAGCAAUGAUGAGAACAGGACACUGGAUGGGACUGAUCCCUUCCCAAGUCUGCGCCGCUCACUGGCUGGUCUGUUGCCAUCAUGCUCGCUGGUUUUUACUAACUGCUCUGUUCAGGUAAAUGUAGACUGAAUCUAUUCAAGUGGCUAACAAGCAUCUAUUCCCUUUACAAGACAUUUACUGGGAGAUUUUGGAGUUUCUAUAGGCAACAUAGAAAACAUGACAGGGUCUUGCAAUGACUAUAGACUAUAGUGUAACAGUUUGUGAAAAUAUUUUUACAAAAUUUGUUAAUGUAAUAGGGAAAAAAGAGCUAGACCAUCUUGAUUGGAUUUGGCCUCGAUUGUAGAGCUCUUAGUUUUGUUACGCCUAGUAAAGAAUACACAUAAUGUUUCAGUUCAAGUAGAAAAAGUUCUAACGUUUUCAUCAUUCAAAGCCACAUAAAAAUGGAAACAAAAUUAUUUUAAAGAAACUUUAGAUUUUUCAGAUUUUCUUAGAUCUUUAAAAGAUCACUUUUUUCAAAACUUAUUGAUUCGCUUGAACACUUUGAUCAAGCAAUAUUCUUCAGAACUGUUUCUGAGCUGCAUGUUCAUUAAGUAACAGUUAAGUUUAACUACAAGCAUUAUCUUACUGUUACUAUAUUACCAACCA